UAUCACUCACCCGAAAUAUUUUAACAGUGAAGAUCGCAGCCUCAUGUUUCACCAAUCACACACCAUUCAGCUACAACACUUACACAUAACAUUUCCCCAAUUUUCUUUCUCAUUUCUUUGACACCGCUAUGGCUUCUUCAAUUUCAUCUCUCUCCACUCCACACCUCACUUUCCCAAAACAAAACCUCUCCACAACCACCUUCCCUCUCAAACGCCCUUCACUUCUUCACUUCCCUUCUCAACCGUUAUGCCUCUGUCUCAACUCCAUCUCCGACGACAACCACAACUCCACCAACAACAACGACGCCGACGGGAACAACCGCCGGUGGGAUUCGGUGCUCCAGGAAUUCGUCACCGGCGCAAUUAAACAAUUCGAUUCUUAUUUGAACUUGCUUAGGGGAGGCAGCGCUGCUGCUAAAGAAGGCAGUGAUGUUCACGAUGAUGAUUGGGAUUGGAAUCGCUGGCGUCAUUAUUUCGAUCAGGUUGAUGACCAGGAACGUCUUCUCAUUAUCCUCAAGUCUCAGUUACGUCAUGCUGUAUAUGUGGAGGAUUAUGAAGAAGCUGCUAAGCUUAAGGUGGCGAUCGCAGCUGCAGCUAACAAUGACAGUGUUGGGAAAGUGAAAACUCUUCUCAAAAGAGCCAUAAAAGAAGAGCGGUACAAUGAUGCAGCUUUUUUAAGAGAUAAAGCGGGUGCUGGACUUGUGGGUUGGUGGGCUGGUAUUUCAAAAGAUGUGAACGAUCCACAUGGUCUAAUUAUUCGCAUAACUCCAGAGCAUGGAAGAUAUGUAGCAAGGAGUUAUAGUCCUAGGCAACUUGCAACAUCUGCUGCUGGUGUUCCUCUAUUUGAGUUUUUUCUUACAAUGGAUAAAAAAGGUGACUUUAAGUCGCAGGCUGUGUACCUAAAGCGAAAAGGGUCCUACCACGGUUCCCCAACAACGUCCUCUAAACCAUUGGAUGCUAGUGGGAGAUCGAGUUCAAUGGAAUCUACAGAUGACAGAAGUGAGCUGUUUGUUGUGAGUACUGAAGAUCCAGAAAGUGGUGAUGAUAGGAAUGAUGGCUCUGACCCUGCUGAGGGAAUGCCUGGAUUUCAGAAUGUCUUGAAAGAUAUGAUUCCUGGUGUGAAGGUGAAGAUUUUCAAAGUGAUAACUCCAGAGAAAGUAGACAAGGAUCUAAUGUCUAAGGUGAUUGAGGAAUUAUUUGAGGAAGAAGAGAGUGAGGAUGAAGAUGAAAAUGGAGAAGAUGACGGCGAUGAAGACGACGGCGAUGAAAACGACGGCGAUGAAGAAGAUGACAGUGAAGAUGAAGACAAGGAAAAUAAUACAGAAAUUCUGGAUCUGGAAGACAUUAAGUUGGAAACUGAUCAAGAGGGAGAUGAUGGGAUUGAGAUAAAUGGUGAUCUUGGAACUUUUGCACGUGAAGAACAGAAUGAAAUUGCUGUCAAAGUUGUCAUUGGUGGUCUUGUGCAGAAACUUUCCAGCAAUUUAUCCCCUAGAGAUUUGCUUCGAGUUCCUGCUAAGCUGGAGAUCAAGGAGCGUCGUUCAUUUUCCUUUACUGUUGAAAACGAAGUCAAUCAGCUGGAUGGUCCUGACAAAGGGAAAUCUUCAUCAGAUAAAUCAAUUAAGUUUCAAGGUCGUCGCAGAGUUGAUAAUGUUAUUUCUGAUCUUGCAAAAUUCAUUGGCAAGGAUAAAGUACCUGCAAAGGUGCUGAAAGAGGUAGGAGAAUUGAUAAGUCUCACUCUAAGCCAGGCUCAGAAUCAUCAACCAUUAUCUGGGUCAACGAUUUUCAAUCGCAUUGAAAUACCAACUUCAUUUGAUCCCUUAAAUGGCUUAUAUAUUGGUGCAUAUGGUGUUUACUCUUCUGAAGUUAUUCAAAUGAGACGUAGAUAUGGUCAAUGGCAAGAGGAUGGUAGGGCGAAGGAGACUUCAGAUCUCGAGUUUUAUGAGUAUGUAGAAGCCUUGAAAAUAACCGGGGAUCCUUAUGUACCAGCUGGCCAGGUGGCAUUUCGUGCAAAAGUUGGAAAGGGGUACCAACUUCCACAUAAAGGCAUAAUUCCUGAAGAAUUUGGAGUGAUUGCUCGCUAUAAAGGUGAAGGAAGAUUGGCAGAGCCAGGGUUUCAGAAUCCUCGAUGGGUUGACGGUGAACUGGUGAUUCUUGAUGGAAAGCACAUAAAAGCAGGGCCUGUUGUUGGAUUUGUGUAUUGGGCUCCUGAGUAUCAUUUUUUGGUCUUCUUCAAUCGGCUUAGGCUUCAACAGUAGGAUUUCAUUGUCCAUACUAUCAGAGACUUGUAAAUUCUUUCUUCAGAUUUUAGUAUGUUUCAUGUCAUAGCAUUAAUUUGUGCAUGGACUCAUCUGGUUGCUCGAACAAAAACCAUUGAACGGGCUUAUUGAGAAGCACAGGAAACAAACUUUGAAAAGGAAACCUGAGCGGAAGUAAUGAAAUGUGUAAGAAUUUAAUUAUUAAGAACAGAAGGUAUCUAUAGUUUGCAUGGCCCGUACUUUGUUACAAGUUUCUGGUUGAACCUCCCCAUCAGGUGGCCUCGUAAAAAUAUGGGUUAUAUACAGCUAUUCACAUUAGCUAAUGGUUUCGAGGAAUGCUAAGUUGUGAUGCUUCAGUGAAAGAUAUUAUCCAUCACUGCAGGCUUUUCUGUUUAAGUGUAAAAUAGCUUUCUGCCAGGCAGCAUAGAUUUUGAGCAUUGGUGGGCUGCUUGUGUAAGUGUACAGUGUAAAAUAACCAUGUACACUUAAGCUUGAUUGCCGUAGCUUAACUAAGUAUUAUGAAGGGGGAUUCAUAAUAUCAGCAUUAAAGUACAAUGUACUACUCUCUCCAUUCUACAUAUUGUAGGUGGUGUAGUGUUCACAUGGCAUCCUUCAUCAAUUUGUAUAGUGGUCCAAAUUUUUCUUGUAUGUCAUAUCCAUUUGUCAUAACUACGUAAUCAUACUUAGCCUAAUGUGUACAGGGUUUCAUUAUUCUUUCUGUUAGGAUAAAUGAAAAAUUUCAUUACAAGUAGCAUUAUUUCAUCGUGCCACUGUGGGAUAUGACAAAACCGUUGUGGUUCUUCUCAAUUCUAGCCUUACCUUCAAUGAAUGAACUUGGGAGUGUAUA